UUUUUACUUUUAAUUGAACUGAAGUUGGUGUUUGCUUUCUCUUUCGAUUUGCGAGAGAUUUGUGUUAAUGACUAUUUUGGGUUGGAAAAUAGGUGUUAACUUUGUUGGUAUGUGGCGUUAUCUUGGUUGAACUGUUAAUGGCUUUUCCCAACUUUCGGGUUUAAAAGGCGUCUUCUUAUCAAAUCAAGCAUAGGAAUGGUCUCAGUUUUGGGAUUUCUGAAAUCUUCUUUUGUAUUAAGGUUUGCUUGAAGUUUUUGUUGAUGAUUGCUCAUUCUAACUUCUCGAUUUGGGGCUUGGUUCAUCAUCAUGCAGUUCUAAAAGGGUAAUUUCUAAGAUCGUCAUGGAUUCCCCUCAGUCAGUUGUGUCACCAUUCAAGAGUUCUUCAAUUUUUGCCGAGCCCGAGAAACAGAACACCAAUCUUCUUGCAGAGAACCCUAGCCACUUAUCAAGGGGAUUUGCUUGUCAAAGAAAGGAAACCACAAUGCGUAAUGUAGAAGACUUCUUUGGUGUUUUGGAGGUUUGUAUAAAUCAGGCUAGAGAUAUUCAUAACAUCUGCAUCUACCAAAAUCAAGAUGUUUAUGCGAAGCUUAGUCUUACUACUGAUCCAGAAAAUACGGUCUCCACUAAGAUCAUUAAUGGUGGUGGGAGAAAUCCCAUCUUUAAUGAGAAUCUCCGACUUGAUGUUCGUAAAGUCGAUUCCUCCCUCAAAUGUGAGAUAUGGAUGCUGAGCAGGGUGAGAAAUUAUCUCGAAGAUCAACUUUUGGGGUUUGCUUUGGUUCCUCUGUCUGAAAUCUUCCUUAACAACGGGAAGUUAGAGAAGGAGUUUUCACUCUCCUCAACUGACCUCUUCCAUUCCCUAGCGGGUUAUGUUCAGUUAGCUCUCUCCUAUGUCGGAGCUUCACCGGAAGUGAUUCCAAAUCCUGCACCGUCCGCAUCUGUGGCUGCAGAUGCUGCUGUAGAGGACACAGAAUCACAGGAAUCGUGCCCGAGUGACUUUGACAAGAUAGAGUUCCCUGAUCCAAAGGUAAUGAAUGAGAAUCAUCAGAUGGUUUCCGAGUAUUUUGAUAUCCGAAAUACAAAUCUGGACGACGCCCAUGGUUCAGACAACCUGGACAUCUCUGGGACUGAAAAUCACGUAAGCUCAGAGGUAGGUGAUCAACUUGAAGAAAGCUUCUCAACAGGCACCAUCGGUUUGACCCCAUUUUCAAAGCAGAAUCCUCCUCUAGGCAGUGUAUCAAAGAAUAAAGCUCCAUCAGCUUCACUUCAUUUGAGCUCGCAGUCUUCUGAUACCCCUGGAGACUCAAAAUCUCCAAAUGAUGAAUACUUGUCACCUCCUAAAGACAAUCGGAAGGAGAAAAAUGCUGAUGUUGGAGAUACUGGGAGUAAUGCGUUGGGGGGACCACCAAAUGAUACUUUUGCAAAACCUGUUGUCACUGUAAACAUCGAAUCAGAGCCAAAGGUGGUGCAGCAAGACAUUGUGGAUAUGUACAUGAAGAGCAUGCAGCAAUUUACCGAGUCUCUGGCCAAGAUGAAGCUUCCAGGAGACUUUGAAAACCAGCCAACCAGCUCUGGCAAUUCGAGUUCGGAUCAGAAAACACCAUCAUCGAAUAAUUCUGGCUCUAAAGUUUUUUACGGGAGUAGAGCUUUCUUCUAAGCUUCCGUUUGAUGGUUUAUGGUAAACAGGUGACAUGGUGAUCCUCAUCGAGACUUGCGCUUUUAGCAACAUUACGUGCACGUUCGAUAUGUAAUAUUGAUGUAGUUGACAAGACAGCGAACAAGACUUUAAUUUCUUGUCAUUCUUAAUAUUGCCUAAUAUUAUAUAAUCCGCCUUAUCAAACAUGU